AUGCGUUCUAUCCUCGGCUUUUGGCUCAUUCAUGCCACACCAGUUCAUCUCCGCUUUCUUCCUGCUGUUAGUACAUACAACCUCUGCCGCAAUCUUGAUCAUAUCGACACCCCUGAUGCCCAAGUUGCAUCUCUCCCAAACUCACGUGGGCCAUGCUAUACCUUCUCACAUCUAGCACGGAAGACCAAGACGCCCACUUUGUACGGCACACAAUAG